CAUCAUCAACUGCGCUGAACAUGUAUUGGAAUACGAAGCUGCCCAACACUGCGAUGCCCCUAGCAGUCAAGAAUUCCCUCCCACCUGCGGCUGAAAGUGUUUGGUCCUCCUCCUUCGCAAAAGGGGAAUUUCAGAGCUUACACCACGUCUUCUUCUACCGCUACGCCGCCACGGAAGACCAACUCCACGACAGCUCCAGCGGCACCCUCUUCUUCAAGCCCGCCGCCUUACACAAAGGCAACGCCGACGGCAUGACCUUACAAUUCUCGACGCUCGGGAAAGGCGCCGUUUUCUUGCCCCGGAUGGAAUCGAAAAAGAUCCCGUUUUCCUCCCGGGAGAUGCCCCAAAUCCUCGACCGUUUCUCCGUAAAACCCGAUUCUGAUGAGGCUCGGGAGAUGAAGAAAACCAUCAAAGAAUGCGAAGAACCAGCCGUCAAAGGAGAGGAGAAGCAGUGCGCCACGUCACUAGAAUCCAUGAUCGACUUCGCCAAAUCCAAGCUGCGGGGGAAGAAAAUCGGGGCGGUAUCGACGGAAACCAUAGCCGGAAAUACGUCAUUCUUUCAGAAGUACACCAUUUCAGGCGUUGAGGAAAUGAACAAAGGUGGCGACGGGAUUGUGGCCUGCCACAAGCAGAGCUACGGAUACUCUGUCUUCUAUUGCCACAAAACAGUGACGACAGAUGCUUAUAAGGUUUUCCUGGUCGGAGCUAAUGGAGGUCAGGUAAAGGCGGCGGCGGUUUGCCACAAAGAUACCUCCGGUUGGAACCCAAAGCAUUUGGCUUUCCAGGUGCUUAAGGUCAAGCCAGGGACUGUUCCCGUUUGCCAUUUCCUGCCAGAGGAUCACGUUGUCUGGUUUGCCAAGAACUAAUUAUGUGCAACGUAUAGUAUAUACAUAUACUGAACUCUGUUUCAGCUCUUCGCCGGCCUCUGUUACUUCCCUUUUCUAUCAAUGCUGAUGUCCUUAAUUAGUUCCCUAGCCUCUACAUUUUCUCUUGUAAUAAACUCCAUAUAUCUAGGCUAGGCAAGCUUGAAAGCCACUACAUACAUGCAUGUAUGUGUAAUAUAUAACCGUGUAUAAUAAAAUAAAUAAUAAGGCAGACAAUAAAAGAGUUGAUGGUGUUUUAUGCUUUGUAAA